UCUCCCACCUACUGAACCUGAUUGGCCAAAUUCGGCCAAGCCCAUACUUAUACUUGUUCUGGAUAAUGAUCCAACUGAUGUUCCCCCAAGUCCUCAAUCCAACAUCCCUAAAAUUCCAAAAUCUCCAACUUCCGAGGACAAGGAUUCCCCAUAUGCUAUCUCUAGGAGACGCAAACAUAUCUCCAAGAAGAAAAGGGUUAAUGAGAGUGCUCCAUCUGACCACGUUGAAUAA